CCCCCCUUGCCCCUCCGGCAGGGAUCCAGCACCAUCCAAAUGCCACGGAGACGCACUGCCAUCAUGAUUCGUGUAUUGGCUCCCUUCAUUUCCACCACGGAAUCUCUUCACAUCCAAAUCAAGUGGUCGAUUCGUCCAAACCGGGCGCUCAUUCCUCACGCUGAUCGUACCUACGUACUCAUCUCAUCCUUCAAUAAUCCGCAUAUCUAUCAUCAACCAUCAUCAUCCCUUUUUCUCUCCCCAUUUUUACUUUUUUUUCUUACUUCUUCUUCUCGAUCAUCUAAUGUUACUCCAUUUGUAUCCCUCCGUAUCCCGCCACCCACUUCCUUACCCCUCUAUCCCCCUCUAAACUCCCCCUCCUUCCCUCCCCUCUUUUUGAAGUCUAACCCUUCUUUAAACCCCUCUUUGGUAAAUCGGCUCGCUGGGAUCACCGUCGGUAAUCCCUACUUAUGUCGUAGAUAACCCACUAGUUAUUUGAUAAUCGGCCGCCCGCCGCAAGGCUGGUCAUGACUUCAUUUCCAUGCGAUCCAAUUUGUGUGAGUGGGAUUGCCCGUCUAACUCCGACGAGAACUAGCCCCGGUGGAUCUUCAA